GAAACCUUAUUUUGCGCCAGUGUUCAUUUGAAUUUUAACGUCUUUUCUUUCAUUUUGGAACCCCGAAGCUUGUCAAUGUUACUGUCAGUGAACGGAUUCUUUUUUUCAGCAAUUUGAUAAAACCUUUUUAACUUUUAAUUAAAUCGUAUUUCAGUUUUUUAAUUUACUCCAAGCAAUUCUUGUGAAUUUUGGUGGUUCAAGUGUUAUUGAAUUAGUACACAUCACUACACUGGUUUUGCAAUUAUCAUUUUUUUAUUGGACUUGAUUGCACUUGAUUACACUUGAUUGAGAAGUACAAAUGGCUGUUACAAGAAACCAAAGUAAAGGUGAUUCUGGUUCAACUCCAAUCAUGAGUCCUUCACCAAGAAUUGGCUAUGACCGAAAGACAAUUAGAAAUCGUGUAGAUCCAACAACUAAUUUAACCUUUGGACAAAUAGUUGCUCUUGGUUUACUCGUUUCCGUGAUUCUACAAGUUUCUCUUGCCUACCUGGUCAUGAACGACAAGAUAAAACUACAUGGUAGAGCUACAGCGCAAUCAUUGACCAACUUUGGAGCCCGGAUUGAGUAUAUACUCCGUUACCAAAGUCUCCACGUAUUUUGGUUACUCAUCACUACAACUCUUGUUAUCGCUCGGAGAAUCGGCACUGGUGCUGUAAAUCCCCUUGAAGGCUUUGAAAAUAUUAUCCUUGCUGCUAAACAAGUACACACGAAUUCAAUGGAACAAUUCUUGCUAGUUUUCGUCAAUCAACUGAUUCUAGCAACCAAUUUGGCUCCAGAUCUUUUCCUACGAGUUAUUCCCCUCAUAAACGUCCUUUUCUUCGUUGCUCGAAUCCUUUUCUGGCUUGGUUACCCCAAAUAUCGAACUGCAGGCUUCACGGCAGGAAUGACUCCCAUCGCUAUUGCCACUUUUUACAACGCUUACGCUUUCAUUAACUACAUAUUUUGAUCCAUUAUUCAUUAUCUUUAAUUAAUACUAAUAAUGAUAACUUAAUUAGUACUCUCCUAAAUCAACUCUUAAUAUGAUCCUUAAUAGGGGGCUUCAACAAUUACAAUUACAAAAUUUACUAUCUGAAUGUAUUUGCAUGUAUUUUUUAUAUCAACCUACCAAAUUCAAAUUUGAAUUGAUUUUUUGAUUAACAAAGUACUUUUUCCAACAAUGACUGACUAUUGUUAUUCGAAGUAUCAAUUUUCUUUACUUUCUAAUUAAUUACAAGCAUCAGUUGGUGCAUCCUCAAAUAGCUUGAUUAUUUAAUUAAAGUGAAAACAAUCUAUUCAAAUAUGGAGACAAAUCAACCCGGGACCUCUAAUCAAGAUUCCAUUACUACUAGAAAAGAUUCCAAGUUUGUGGCUCAAUUAUCGGGAUGGGAGGAACUCUGUCAAGUGAUUGAACAGGUACAAACAAUCACUCCGGUCGAAGAUCCCGAAGCCGAAAGGCUAGAAAGAAUUUUGGAGCUCGUCAAAUGUUAUCUUAACUCCAACAUUGGGGAUAUACAACCUCUUGAGACGGAUAAUAUGGAGAAAAAAUUACAUAAAAUCAAAAAGUCAAUGAGUGCGGCUGUUACUAAAUUGUUUAAAUACACUACAGAAGCUGUUUCUGAACCCUCUUCAGAUUAAUUACUCAUGAUGUUACAUUCUAGGUGAUAAUAACCUUGAGAAGAAAUCAUUCCAUUGGAAUUUGUUUGACCUUAAUAAAAAGUAUUUGAUUUAAGAUUCA